UGGCUAUAAAAAUUUACGGAUGUCAAUAUCAUUCAAUUAAACAUCACCUUAGGCCUUAUUGUACCCCAUUACGUUCAAUUUUAUGGGGUUUCCACCACUUUAUUGGGGUUUCACCCCUCCUUGUAGGCUACUUAAUGAUGUCCCAACAGGCAAAAAACAUCUGACAGAAAAGGGAGGAAAAGCAUGGGAUAUUAAUACGAAAGUAGCAGUAGGAAUGAUCAAUGGUGGCUUCGGAGAGUCUCAUUUAAAUGCCUUCUUAGCAGUACUAAACAUUCCAGGAAUUUCGAAGGGAGGUCUGAAGGAAAGGGAAAGGGAAGUUGGCAGUACACUGAGUAAAAUGGCAGAAGAAAGUUGUCGAACCAGUCUAUUAGAGGAAGUUGAAAAGAGUGAUGGUAAUCUCACCGUCAGCUUCGAUGGUGCCUGGCAAAAACGGGGUACUGGGCGUGCCUACAAUAGCCUUACAGGACAUGCAAGUUUGAUUGGGGAAAAAACCAAGAAAUGUGUUGGUUAUGCUGUAAAAUCUAAAAAAUGCAGAAUAUGUGACUUGGCAAAACGGAAGGAUGUUCCCGUGAGGAAGCACAAGUGCAGUCGAAACUGGUCAGGGUCAGCCAAAUCUAUGGAACCUGCUAUGGCUUGCGAGAUGGUGCAAAGCAUAAAAGAUCAAGGUGAAAAGGUUACCACGUUAGUAAUGGACAACGAUUCUACAACAAUAGCCAGAUUGAGAGCAACUGUUGAUCCAGAUAUAAAGAAAAAGGUGGACAGCAAUCACAUGAAAAAAGGGUUUACAGGAAGUCUUGUGGAAAUCAGCAAUACCCAUAAAGUAUUGAAAAAUGUUAAAGUUAGAACUCACAUUGAGAGAUGCUUUACAUAUUGGGACCAUUCCAUGUGUGGCACAUGGUGCAGGAGUGAACAAACUGGUUACAAACCAAAAAACUUGCCAUAUGGGAAACCUCUUACAAGUGAGCCUCUGAGAUCAGCUCUAGAAAAACUGUUUGAGAAGUAUGCAGACCGGGCAACUAAGUUGGUGUCGAUGGGAUCCACUCAAGUGAAUGAAAAUUUUAACCACAUGGUUUCUAGCAAAGCGCCUAAAAGAAUGUUUUAUGGAGGUUCAGACAGUCUGCAUAGUAGAGUAUCUGCAACUGUCUGUCAGAAAAAUGAGGGGUAUAAUUAUAUAACUGAGGUGAAUAAAAGACUGACAAUGUCUCCUGGAAGAUACACCCUCAAGCAUUCCAGGAUCCUACAAAGCAGACUGAAGCUGAAGCGAUUACAACAAGCAAAGCGGAGCACAAAGCGGAGACGUUUAGAGCUGAAGUCAGAGCGGUCUGCAAAAGAUGCAUCACAAUCUGUUCUUGAAGGUAAUACCAACAAAUCUUACAUGGUAUUUGACCUAGAGACUACUGGUUUAGCCAGGACAUCAGACAUUGUUCAGAUUGCAGCUGUAUGUGGAGAGAGAGAGUUCAACAUGUACUUGACACCACAGUCCCCAAUUAGUCUUGAUGCAUCUGCAGCAACUGGGCUUACUUUUGUUGGUGGUGUGCUGAAGCAUAAUGGCAAGAAGGUGGACCAUAAAGAGCCCUUUGAAGGACUUCAGCAGUUUGUUGAAUUUUUGAAGACUGUUGAUUGUAAACCUAUUUUGGUUGGGCACAAUAUACAAUGUUUUGACCUACCAGUGUUAAUGAAUCAGCUAGUCAAAUGUAAAUUACUUGACAGUUUUGCUAGCACUGUCACUGGUUUUAUAGAUACCUUACAAGUGUCUAGGAAAUCUUUCAGCAAAGAUGAUGUUAAAGAUUUUAAACAAGUCACUCUUGUAAAUACUUUCAUUGGAAAAGAUUAUGAAGCUCAUAAUGCUAUUGCUGAUGUGAAGGCAUUGAGGGAACUUUUUGAAAUGAAGUUGUUGGCUCUGUGUUCAGCUAAUGAUGUGUUCACAUUGAAUUAUUAUACCACAAAGAAGUCUUUAGAGCCCCUUGUUAAGGCAAAGAUUGUAUCUUCCAUGAUCUCGAAGAAGUUGAUUGCAAAUUCUCUUAGUUUGUCUAAGUUGGUGCUAAUCCACAAGAGGGAUCCACAUAAUGGGUUACGAAAUGUUUUUAGUGAACCAUUAUCGGGUUCAAAACAGCCUAGGAUAUCCAAGUCAUCUAAUGUAAUCAACAAAUUGGUUGAAUAUUUGAAUAGCUGUGAAUGAUUACUGUUUGUAUAUAUUUUAAAUUAGACAAUACAAUGUGUAAAAUAAAGGUCUAAAAACUUGUAUGGGAGAUUUCAGUCAACACUCAACCUAACGUUCGACUGUAUUUGUUUUUUAUGCUGACUGUUAUUAUUCUGUAGUAUACUAAUUUUUUGUGUAUACUGUUGAACACAUAAUUGGAUGUAUUUUGACUCGGUGUAGUGGAAAGAGUAAUGCUUCAAAAUUGAUGACUGAUUAGACUGUGGAUUUUCAUUUCAUUUACUUGAAAAACAGAUACAUGUACAUGUAUAAUAUAUGUGAAAUAUAUCUGUAAUUAAUGGCACACAGAAUGUAUUAUAGGUUGUAAAAUUAUAUUAUAUUCUAAAGAAUGUUGUUAUUCUUUUGCAGUUAUGCAUCUAUGAAAUGAAAUAAAAGUCAUCAAUAGCUCUGGAUUUUUUAUCUUCCCUCAUUUGAAAUUCCUUAUCAAAAAUCUCAAUUUGGACAAAAAACGUGUAAAUAAAUGGUGGUGCUGAGAAAAAAUUUAUGCUGGCAAUGUGCUGUUUUUUUAAUUUAAUUUUAACAAAUAGUCAUAGAUGAACAUAAUUUGAGAAUUUGACUGAAAAAUCACAAGUCAAUUUUUUUUUACAAUAAUUUUAAUAGUG